GAAAUACCCCGCUAAAACGAGGCAACAUCGGCAAGGUGACGACGAGCAUGACGAUGGACGUGUCGACGAAGAAAAGCACGAGCCCGACAAGAGGUAGAACACACAGUAGAAGCAUGGACAUGUCCCCCGCGAGCCCCAUUUACGAGAGACAAGGCAGAGUGGACAAUCCGAGUCCUGUGCGGUGUGCAGCCGCUGAAACGAUGAUGACUCUCUUCAUGAACUCUUCCAGAGAAGCGGAAGAGAGACUCACACGCGAACAAAAGCGAGACCAUCAAACGGUCAAGAAAAUCCGCGCCAAAGGUGGCCACAAAAAGGUUUUUGCCAACGAUCAAACUGACGAUCCUGCCUCCGUCAAGAAAGCCAAAUCCAGUGCAUCGAAGCUAGUCCCGAAGCUCAAGAAGGUUCAACCCAUCACUUCUGCCUUCGGCGCGACAGAUUCGUCCCCGCAUACAACAAAACCGGAAGUCAAGAUGGAGGUGUGCGACGAUUUCGACGAUGUGAUGCCACGCAAAACCAAGAAAAAAGGCGAUCUGAAGAGCAUUCGAGCUUAUGAUUCCCGCUUUAUCCAAGAAAAUAUCCGCAUGGGACGUUACACUGUCGAGAACAACGGCCUCAAUUGUGAGAAGCGCGCGCGUAGUCCCGAGCGGGUGCAGGACGAAAGCACAUCCAAAUUCUUGUUCGCGACGUCGAUGACAGCCAACUUAACGCUUGAAGAGCAACUGCACAUGGUGUCAAACCCUUCAUACAGCCGCAAAGAAAAGUCGUUGGGGCUUCUCUGUGAAAAUUUUCUUCGCCUGUACUGUAACGACGAAAUCGAAGACGUGUCGCUGGACAUAGCGGCGUCGAAACUUGGAGUGGAGCGCCGCCGAAUCUACGACAUUGUAAAUAUCCUUGAGAGUAUUCACAUUGUAAGCCGAAAGCGAAAAAACCUGUACAACUGGCAUGGACUGAAGUCGCUCCCCACAACGAUCCAUGAAAUGAAGGAACGGUAUGCACAAGAAGACAAUGAGUCUGGCAAUGAAAGUAGCAACAGUGGCGACGACGGCUGUAAAGGAUCAGACGCAGCCCGCCGACGAGGCAAGUCUCUGGCGCGACUGAGCCAACUCUUUGUCAAGUUGUUUCUGGACGAAGAAAACAUUAUCAUUCCACUGGAUUUGGCGGCGAAAGAGUUGAUUCAGCGUGACGAAGGUCUUGGUGAAAUUGGAGGCAACGUGCUCAAAACCAAAAUCCGCAGACUCUACGACAUUGCGAACGUCCUUGUCAGCGUCGGGUUGAUCGAAAAAGUGCUCGUUCCGCAUUGUCGCAAACCGCUGUUUCGAUGGUUUGGCGGGCGGUUCAACCCCGACGUGUGCGGCAUCCGUCGAUGGGGCGAAGGCGACGAAACCAUGGUGAAAGAAGACGAUGACGGAACCAAGAUGGUCGUCGAUGCCAAGGUGUACGGAGACGACAGCAUUGCGUCGGACACAGAGAGCGACUCGGAAGUGUACGCCCGCUCGACCCCUCUCCACCUAGCGACGCUGUUCCAGGCAGCAGUACCUCCCCUAUCGACUCUGAAAGCGCGACGAAGCAAAGACACAGAGCGCCUGAGUUCCCUUCUCGUGAGCGCCCAAGGCGAGCUCAUCAGCAUGAACACAACCAGCCCUCAAUCUGUCGCCGAAGUGGGCCUGGCCUCCCUUCGACCACACAAGCUCGCCGACGAACACACGGCGGCACCGUCCAAGUGUAUAGCAACUGGUCGUCCCCAGUCCGCAGCGCAAGCGUCGUAGUACAUGCUGCCCCGAUCUUAUGUAAGUUGAAAAAUACACGCCAAUUGUCAGUGUAGUGUUUACUUGGACUCUGUUAAUAACUCGACAUGAGCGUUUCCUUCAACUCGGCGUCAGUCGUCUCUGGGACUGUCUGCCGCGACGCCACCAUGUCCUGCAGGAACCUGUACACGAACAGGCCGACCAUGAUGACAACGAGGCCGACGACAUCCGUCGUGUGGAGCGGCUGGUGCUCUGGCAUAAAUGGA